AUGGCAGCAGUUGCUGAAGCGCUGGUCAAAGCCCCUCGAAAUGCUAACGUGGCCGUAAAGCAACUUGAUCUCCAGCAGCAGGGCUGCGAGGAAGUGUUGAAAGAAGUCACGGUCACGAGAAAAUAUAAGAACGCCAAUAUUGUCACCUACCUAGAGAGCUACCUUGUCAAUGAGGCUGUCCUGCUGGUGUUGGAGUACAUGGAUGGAGGCUCUGUAGCUGAGGUGGUCAGCAAGAAAAGGAUGCGUGUAGGACACAUAGCAACAGUCUGUCGGGAGUGCCUGCAAGGCCUGGCUUUCCUUCAUGCCAACCGGGUGAUCCACAGAGACAUCAAAGGCGACAACAUCCUUCUGAGCCGGGCUGGCGCCGUCAAGCUGGCUGAUUUUGGCCUCUGUGCUUGGCUCAGCCCUGAGCAGAGCAAACGGAGGUCGAUGGUCGGGACCCUGCGGUGGAUGGCAUCCGAGGUUCUGAGAGGACAGCCCUAUGGCCCCAAAGGGGACACCUGGUCCCUUGGCAUCAUGGGAAUAGAGAUGGCCAAAGGAGAGGCUCCUUACUUUCGGCAAACCAGUGCCUGGGUAAGGUGCCGAUACGCUCAGAUGCCGGUGUCCUUCUGCUCCGUUUCCGUUACACAAAUUCCCAUUCCCAGAGCUUUGGCGGGUUCCUCCAAGGCCCACUUCUAA